CCUAUCUCCUGAGCUGCCACUUUCCCCGACGUCCAGCUUAUGGAGCUGUGACUGUCACCAGCCUCCAUCCAGGAGGUAGUGCCCGCUUCCACUGCGCCACUGGCUACCAGCUGAAGGGUGCCAGGCUCCUUACCUGUCUCAACGCCACCCAGCCCUUAUGGGAUUCUCAGGAGCCUGUCUGCAUUGCUUCCUGCGGUGGAGUGAUCCGCAAUGCCACCACGGGCCGUAUCGUCUCUCCCGGCUUCCCGGGCAACUACAGCAUCAACCUCACCUGCCACUGGCUGCUUGAGGCUCCCGAGGGCCAGCGGCUGCACCUGCACUUUGAGAAGGUUUCCCUGGCAGAGGAUGACGACAGGCUCAUCAUCCGCAAUGGGGACAAUGUGGAGGCCCCGCCUGUGUAUGAUUCCUACGAGGUGGAGUACCUGCCCAUUGAGGGCCUGCUCAGCUCCGGCCGACACUUCUUUGUGGAGCUCAGUACCGACAGCAGUGGUGCGGCUGCAGGCAUGGCCCUGCGCUAUGAGGCCUUCCAGCAAGGCCAUUGCUAUGAGCCCUUUGUCAAAUACGGCAACUUCAGCAGCAGCGCACCCUCCUACCCUGUGGGUACCACCGUGGAGUUCAGCUGCGACCCUGGCUACACCCUGGAGCAGGGCUCCAUCAUCAUUGAGUGCGUUGACCCUCAUGACCCCCAAUGGAAUGAGACAGAGCCCGCCUGCCGAGCUGUGUGCAGUGGGGAGAUCACAGACUCGGCCGGCGUGGUGCUCUCCCCCAACUGGCCAGAGCCCUACGGCCGUGGGCAGGACUGCAUCUGGGGCGUGCACGUGGAGGAAGACAAGCGCAUCAUGCUGGACGUCCGAGUGCUGCGCAUAGGCCCUGGUGACGUGCUUACCUUCUACGAUGGGGAUGACCUGACAGCCCGGGUCCUGGGCCAGUACUCUGGGCCCCAUGGCCACUUCAAGCUCUUUACCUCCAUGGCCGACGUCACCAUACAGUUCCAGUCGGACCCCGGGACCUCAGUGCUGGGCUACCAGCAGGGCUUUGUCAUCCACUUCUUUGAGGUGCCCCGUAAUGACACGUGUCCGGAGCUGCCUGAGAUCCCCAAUGGCUGGAAGAGCCCGUCGCAGCCUGAGCUGGUACACGGCACUGUCGUCACUUACCAGUGCUAUCCUGGCUACCAGGUGGUGGGAUCCAGUGUCCUCAUGUGCCAGUGGGACCUAACCUGGAGUGAGGACCUGCCCUCCUGCCAGAGGGUGACUUCCUGCCAUGACCCUGGGGAUGUGGAGCACAGCCGACGCCUCAUAUCUAGCCCCAAGUUUCCCGUGGGGGCCACCGUGCAGUACAUCUGUGACCAGGGUUUUGUGCUGACGGGUAGUGCCAUCCUCACCUGCCAUGACCGCCAAGCCAGCAGCCCCAAGUGGAGCGACCGGGCCCCCAAAUGUCUCCUGGAACAUCUCAAGCCGUGCCGUGGCCUCAGCGCCCCCGAGAAUGGUGCCCGCAGUCCUGAGAAGCAGCUGCACCCAGCGGGGGCUACUAUCCACUUCUCGUGUGCCCCUGGCUACGUGCUGAAGGGCCAGGCCAGCAUUAAGUGUGUGCCUGGACACCCCUCACAUUGGAGUGACCCCCCACCCAUCUGUAGGGCUGCCUCUCUGGAUGGCUUCUACAGCGGCCGCAGCCUGGAUGUUGCCAAGGCGCCCGCUGCCUCCAGCACCCUGGAUGCUGCUCACAUUGCAGCUGCCAUCUUCUUGCCGCUGGUGGCAAUGGCGCUCUUGGUGGGAGGUGUGUACCUCUACUUCUCCAGGCUCCAGGGGAAAAGCCCCCUGCAGCUGCCCCGAACACGACCCCGCCCUUAUGACCGCAUCACCGUGGAGUCAGCAUUUGACAAUCCGACUUACGAGACUGGAGAGACGAGAGAAUAUGAAGUCUCCAUCUAGGUGGGGCAGCCUGGGGAAGCCGGCUCAGCCCUGCAUCGCAGCCCAGCAGCAGAGCUCCCAGCUUCCUGCUGUCCCUCCACCUCCUGUACAUACCACCUGGGAAGAGAUGCCACCAGUCCCUCAAGAAGUUGUGCUCUUCCCGCCUGCAAUGCCCGCCAGGGCCUAUUUUCUUGGUACCACUGCCCACUUAGGGCCCUUCCUUGGGUCCAAGUCAGGGGCAUCUGCCUCUAGGCAGAACACAGCUGGGGCACAGGCAUCAAGAACCAGCGUUCUCCUGACUCUCUUUCGUGCCCUGGACCUCCAGCCUGGAAUUCACAGGCAGAGCAGGAGCACCUCUCUCCACGUGACCACCAUCCAGCCCUGGCACGUAGCACCCUGCAGCAGGGUUAACUUGACAGUGGCGGAAACUGUGCCAGGGUGCUCCUCACAGGGCCAUCACCAGUGGCCAAAACUGCUCUCAACAGUGACCUCUGGGUAGUCCUGACAUGCUGACAUCAGCCCCCUCGGGGGAGGGGGGGGGGUCUCUAGUCUUUCUCUAAGGCCCUGGGAAUGGUCAGUUCUGCCUUCUUUCCCUUCCUGGGGGAGGCAGUAAUUCUAAGGGAUCCUAAGGGGUUUAGGGACUCUACCCCAAGCUCAGGUUGGGUUUUCCCUAGGCCACACCACUCAUGCUUCACACCAAAGCAGGACACCCCACUGCUCCCCUGGCAGCCCUGCACCCUGAAGAGAGGGAGACCUUCCCCUGAUGUCAGUCUGGCUGUUACAAACAUCCUCUUUCCCACUAGCCCCUCCUCCAACCCCAGCCCCCUGUCAGGCUUCCCUCCUGGCCACUGCGUUUUGGGAUAAGGGGAGUGGGCAGGCAUAUUCUGGAGAGGAGCAGAGGUCCAAGGGUCCAGGAAUUUGGCAUGGAACAGGGGGUCGGAGCGCCCCAGGGAGAGGCCCAGGAGCUGGCUGCAGGCCACUUUGUACAUGUAAUGUAUUAUACGGCGUCUGGGCUCCAGCCAGAGAACAAUCUUCUAUUUCUGUUGUUUCCUUAUUAAAAUGGUGUUUUUGAAAAAAAA